AUGAGUGAACAGCAGUCGAACCAACAGGGGCUUGCUGCCACGCAGGCACAAGACGGGAAGAUCUCACCUAAAGUUCUUCUAAUUGCCAUGUUCUAUGAAGAGUCAAAGAACUGGCUUGAUCCUUCGAGCGCUCUCCAGUUCCCUCGAAAGAUACGUGUUCCGGGUCUGGCUCGUGGUUACGAAGACAUACAUGUCACUGAAGAUGGCAAUGUUGCACUCUUGGUUGUCGGCACUGCUUUGAUAAAUGCAUCCUUGUCAAUCAGUGCUCUUUUAACUUCGCCAGUCUUCGAUCUGACAAAGUCGUACUUUAUCUUGACUGGUAUCGCAGGUGUUAACCCCAAGAGAGCCACCAUUGGUUCUGUUGCGUUUGCCCGGUUUGCUGUUCAAGUCGACACUCAACUUGAGUUUGAUGCGAGGGAAGUUCCUUCAGAAUGGGGAUCCGGGUAUGUUCCCAUGGGAGCUGACAAGCCCGAUCAGUUCCCGGGGAUCGUGCAUGGAUCUGAAGUAUUCGAACUGAACAGUGCCCUCCGAGACUAUGCCUUUUCGGUUGCCAAGGGUGUAAAUCUUCAAGAUUCGCCUGUGGCUGCCGAGAACCGCGCAUUAUGGAAGAACUCACCCGAAGGUAUCUUUGACGCAGCAACGCAGGAGCCAAGAGUGCUUGAAGGAGACGUUCUAUCAUCUAAUACUUUCUGGCAUGGCCAUCGCAUCUCCGAAGCCAUGGAGAGAGUUGCCAAAGUGUACACUGCUGGGCAAGCUGAAUAUACCAUGACAGCACAGGAGGACAAUGCGCUGUUGGCAGGACUUUUGAAUGCAGCGCUUCAGGGAAAGGUUGACUUUUCACGCAUAUUGCUCAUUCGAUCUGCGUCAAACUUCGAUCGCGGUCAUGAAGACAAGCCUCACCAACUUCCCUUCGUUAUGGACAAGGGGGGCUUGGGGCCUUCAACCCGCAAUCUGUAUCUUACAGCUCUGAAGGUCAUUGAGGGAAUAGUGAAGGAUUGGUCUACCAGGUUCGAAACUGGAAUAACUCCCCAGAAUUACAUUGGCGACAUUUUUGGCUCACUUGGUGGUAAGCCGGGUUUUGGAGACAAACAUGGAGUAGAUCAGAUAACAUCGCACUGA